AUGAUUACUCCCGUAGUUGAGGAUGAUUUCGGCGCUGGAGUCUUUUCUGUGGACGCUGGUUGCGAGAUUGCCAUCAGUCAGUCUUUGUACACUGACGUCAAGAAAAGGGAGGAUGUCCCCUGUUGCUUCUUCGCGUGUGAAUUGUAUGAAUUGGUGCAACCAGCUCGAAAAUUUACGAGUAAAACUCUAUUUCCGACGGACUUCCUUCUUUCAUCAUAUCAUCUCGGAAUGCAUACUACUUCAGUUAUUCAACAUAUAUUUGGGCGUCAAACGCUUAUUCUUACCAGACGUUGGGAGAAGUUCGCGCAGAGAGAGGCGACAACCUUCGAACAGUUGAGUUUCCUUCACCGCUGUCGCGAUCGUGGCAUUCUUCCGAAGUCUCUUCGCUUUAAACCCACACUGCCCAAUGAGGCUGGGAAGUCACUCGCUCGCAAAUAUGGAUUCCGUGUUUUGAGUGCGAUUAUAUCUGACGUCCACCAUCGUCUUCAGCGAUUUGAGGCGAUAAUCUAUGACCUAAAGAGCCGGUGUGUUUCAGCCCUGCCUGAAGACAUUUGCGAAAAUUUUCUGCAACGCAUAAACGCCACCGCCAAACAUGCUCGUAUGAAGAAGCGGGCCGAUCUUCAAGAGGAGCUCCAAGCUCUCCUCCGUCCUAUCAAUGACGGUAACAUAUCGACGAGAGUUGUCAACCUUUCGAAAAGGAUUCUUACACCCGCCGAAUCAAGCCUAUUGUCUAAAGGAAUACGGUUCAGUCAUGUCGAUGCUGCGCCUACAAACUUCUUAGCGAACCUGGAAUCCCUCCUGCUAACCUCAUCCAUCCCUGAAGACAUGCGUGCGGACAUACGCAACUGUGCGACCGGCCUCCUCCGGAAAAGAUGA